AUGCCUUUUUUCCUUUUAGAGAUGUUAAUCCUUGGUCACUGGCUGCUAGAUGGAAAGGAUCAAAAUAUAACGUUAGUCAUGUAAAUUGCUUUUUUAAAAUAUAGCAGGCAGGGAGCUUGUAAAUAGGAGCAAAUGGAAAUCAAAGAAGGCUGACUUCGUUCAACCGAAGACCAUUCUUCCUUGUCAUUCUUACAUGAUGUUUCUUAGUUUACUGGCUUAAGUCCUCCGCCUAAUUUUUCAUAACCAGCUGGCAUGGGUCCGCGUUCAGGACAUAAAUAUACCGUUAACGAUAUGGCACUUAUGUUCCAGGUUAUCGAAGGCUGUUAUUCACCUCGGCCUUCGGCUUUGGUGGGUAACAUUCCCCUCGAUCUGCAUAACUCUUCACAUCAUACGAAAGGCGAAUUCAAUGAUUGUUAAAUAUACAGCCCGCCAAAUGCGGUAUAUAUCUUCUAAUUAAUUUUUCCUUUAAUGUAGCUUUAGCAAAUCACUGGAUUUUGUCGAAGGAUGGUGUUCAGGUAGCGCCGCUCCUCGUUUUGUUCAACAGUCAUUCGCUACUGCCCCAGCAGUUCAUCUUAACGGCAGGAGUUUUACCAUUUGCUGCUGGAUAAAACAAAUGCGGUUAUUAUUUGGAGAACAGACGAUCUAUAGCGAUUGGCAUGAUCCAUGGCAGUUUCAGCUUACCAUCGUUGGUGAUCAGCUGAGAUUUGCGCGCCAUAGCCACGGCAUUAUUGAAUGGUGGUACUUUAAAAGUACGAAACUUUCAUUUAGUACCUGGACGCACCUUGCAGUCACCUGGAACCACGUGACAGGUAAUGUCUACCUUUACGCUAACGGCAUCAUAGUGGGUAGCAGAUCGUUUACCCCUGGGACUAAGUUUUACCCACUUACGGGCAACCCUUACAAGAUUGCCAACGACGGUCACAAAGAAGAUCACCAGUUCGACGGAUCAGUGAUGGACUUGUAUGUUUUUGGCACCGCUCUGUCCCGUGAUGAAAUUGCCAAAGUAAGAGGUAGGUAAGAAAGUUCAAGUCUUGAAAGACAUUUGAAACUCUCAAAGAGCUUUCAAUUCUAUCUCUGUUUGCCCAAAAACAUUUGAUUUCAAUUACGAAAGUAAUUAAAUCACAGGUAACCCAGGCUCACUGUUUGUGUCAUGUAAAGGUUUCAUAACAUGAGUGAAUAUAGAUAACAUAUGGGGCGACGUUAGUUUGCUAGAAAAUGGAAAUAAAAAUCGAUGAAACUUACCACGUGGCGAGUUGUUGUCCUUAAAGGAGCUGUGUCACAAAAUUCAGCCAAAUUAGCAAAUUAAAAAAUGCCCCUUAAAUUAAGAGAAACAUGAAAAUAGCCGCUUAAAACUUUAAAAGAAGGUUAAAAUAACACAACAGAAACCACAGAUGUCACGGAUGGGAAAAACGGAAGAAGAUUGAAACGGAUUGAAAUUAGAAUUUUUUUAAAACUGUUCAGCCUAACAGUCAGUUUCAACGUUGAUCCCUGCUGCUUGCAACUUCAAAAAUAAUGCUCAGGAGACAUAUUUGUUUGUCUCGGGUCUCUGAUUUUGUCAUUUACAUGUUAUUUCUUUCCUUACAUUAGGUUCCAUAGCGACUGAGGGCGAGUAAUUGGCAAAAUUAAACAAAAUGAUCUAGACUGCCGUGACACAGCCCCUUUAAUACGCACACGAAGUUUCGACAAAAGUAGUUUGCUUCAUCUUUCCUACAUAGUAUAGUGGCAACUUGGGAGGUUGACGGCAGCGUCGCGGCUCCGAUCGACCCUAAACUAGCACGAUUUUUUUUUCGCGAAAAUCGAAUCCAGCCGCUGAAUAGAGACGCCAGGCUCGUGAAACACGAAUUUCUCGAAACCCUGAAACCUCGAAGCAUCUCAAGCUAGCAACGCGAAGCCAGCAGGCUCCGUAGAACUCUCAUGUUGAUCUUCUAAAAUGGCGGCCCGAAGCCGUUAGGAUCACAACUGGUCCAACGGAGCUCGGGGAGCCUAGUGACGAGUAUAUUAAGUCCCCGUGGAGGGAAGGGAGUCCCAGAGUGCUCAAGGACUUAACUCAUCGUCCGGCUACACACUUUCCUCCGCAGGGACUUAUUAUACUCGUUACCAGGCGCCCCGAGCUCAAUGCCAUUUUUGAAUUGGAACAGUUGUGAUCCUAACGGCUUUGGGCCGCCACUUUAGAAGGUUAACGUAAUCUACGGAGCCUGCUGGCUUCGCCUUGCUAGCCGGAGAUGCUUCAUUGGUUUCAGGGUUAAGACAAAUUCAUGUUCCACGAGCCUGGCGUGUUUAUUCAGCGACUGGAUUCGAUUUUCGCGAAAAAAAUCGUGCUGGUUUAGGGUCGAUCGGAGCCGCGACGCUGCCGUCAGCCUCCUACCUUGCCACUCUACUAUGUAGGAAAAAUGAAACAGACUAUUUUUCUCGAAACUUCGUGUGCAUAUUAAGGACAACAACAACUCGUUACAUAGUAAGUUUCAUGGGUUUUUAUUUCCAUUUUCUAGCAAAUUUCCUGACCUAAACUUUGCCCAAAGUAUAUUUUCUCAUGUUAUGAAACCCGUACCUGACACAAACAGUGAGCCUGGGUCACCUGUGGUUAAAUUCAUUACGAUUCACGUAUUUUAUCAAACCGUGAUUUGGUAGACAUCAAAAGUCUGAUUAAAGCCCGCAUCCACUAGACUCGGCACGCAGGGUUUGCUUUACGAAGAAUUUGAGAAGAAGACUUUCUGACUUUCCAAGGCUGAUGUCCGUGUAUUACGGGGUCCGUAAUAUUAUCACUACUUUAUUUCUGAGGCAACAGCCACCUAAUGAAAAGAGACAAGUAAGUAUAUAAAUUAAUAAAAAUAAGAAGAAAAUUGUCUUCUUUACUGUAAAAAAAAAGUAUACGCGAUUCCAACAAAAAACAGUUUUAACUUUCCUAAAAAGGUGCUCAUAUGAUUGUAUUAUCACCCUUGCUUCAGUCUCAAGAUCUUUAACAUCCCUUAUUUUAUUCAGGUGUUCCUAUAAUUUUGAAUAAAGACAAGGAAGUAGCAGGAAAAACCGUUGUUAUCAUAUGGGAACCACCGCUGAAUGGGGCGUGUUUUGUCCUGGGGUAUAAAGUCUACUACAGAAAGGUUUCAUUGGCAGAGAAUAGUCGUUGGAGCUCCGUAACCGUGGACAAAAAUUGUACGAACCACACCUUGCACCUGGGUUGUUCGAAGGAGUAUGAAGUCUCAGUUACUUCACUUAGUGCUGCAAAUGCAAACACUGACAGCACUGAGAGCAGUUUUGGUGACAGCGGGAUAUGGAACUUCAAAGUUAGGAGAGGUAAGUUUGGGUAUAAUUGCUGCGGAGCGACCGUAGGGAGCGAGCAGCAACAUAAUCAGGAUUUAAAGGAAAUAUAUAAGGGGCGACGAAUUCUCGAAUUAAUCACUUUUUACCACAAUGCAUUGCAUUUAACCACACUUCUUACGACAAUGCUUUGCAUUUAACCAGAGUGCAUUGCGCCACGAAAAACUCAAAUAAAAACAAGGGGAAGUUGGCAUCGUUCGCUGCCCAGACUCAGAGUUUUCUUUGUAGCAAAUUUUCUACAGCACGGUUAGAGGUCUUACCAAAUUUAAGACACGCAGGAGUCUUUCUUACGAUGGUUAACUUGGGGAUUGAAUUUCAACUCAAGAGCCUUUGACUCGUCCAGGUGUUAAGCCUGACGAGAAGAUGAGCAUUUGCUCUUCGACUCGUCAACACGGGGGAUAUACAAAUUUCAGCUUGCUAGAAGGUGAUGUAAAAGUGAGAAAAUGUCAUGACAUGCUAUUCUUAAGAACCUGUAUGAGCCGAAAAUGGAUGCGAUUUUGACUAUUCGCUUCAAAAUAACAGCGGGAAUCGAGAUAACAAAACAUAUGUUUUGUUUCCUACGUUGCAGACGAUGACGUGUAUCGGCGUUUUGAAAAGCAUAAUUAUGUUCUUUCAUUCAUUCAUUGCCAUGGAAUAUGCGUUUACAUUGUUUUUUACUGUUAAUAGCUCGAUUAAUGCGGCUGGCGAUCAUCAUGCCGGCGGAAGUUUCAUGGAAAAGGCAUUAAAUUAAAGACUUUUCCCAAAUUACGUAAUCAGUCUUUGUGGUGUAGUGGUUAGGUGUAGUCGCGUCGAGCCGAUGGUGCCAGGUUCGAGUGCUACCGAACUCUUUUUUUCCUUCUUUCUUUUUUUUUCCGUCCUGUGUUUCCGUUUUGUAAUGUUGUUUUCUAUAAAUAUAUAGCUAAAUAACUGUUACUUAAUAAAGUGCAAUAAACAGCAAGAAAAGUUUCGUGUUUCCAGAGAAAAGAUAGUACACCGUAUAUUAAAUAUAUGGAUAAACAAUCUGAAUUUCUAUCAUUUCCUACAAUUUACUGUGGGAAAACCAUAGUUGAUAACCACUUGAUCAUUUUCUAAACAACGUUCCCACAGGUUCUUUCUAUAGACUGAUAGUAAUUAUUCCAGUACUUUCCAACAUUUAAAUAGGACAUUCAAUGUCAUUUUCGAUUCUUUUAAGUCCCACUGCCUAACUAAUGCCAGUAUCAACAGAAUGUGCCGCAGCGUUUUUAUCUUUUAGAUACCCUAGUUCAUAGUUAUUGAUUUCUCAGCCCAGGACAAGCUUCUUUGUAAUUUGGUACUAAUUUAUCUCAUGUUUACAUAAAAAGGAGGAUGCAUGAUCCUUAAAGGGGCUGCAAAUUUUCUUUUACUUUUAAUGCAAGACUUGUCGGUCGCGUCGGUUAAUAGGAUGCUUAAGCAACGACGACGCGAACGCGAACGGCAAAGAAUUAAUAGGGGUAGAUUAGAAAAACAACAACAACUUUGCAGCACACUCUUUUGUAGAUUUCUUUGCAGUCACUGCACGACUACGAUGUGAAACUGUCUGAUUUGACCAGAAUUUCAAGUUUCGGGGAGGACUUGAACACAGGACAACGACUUCCCUUUUCUUUUUCUAAACUUCGAUACAUGAGUCCUUUAGAAUUCAAGUCCAGAAAAAUUCGCCAUUUGAAGUUUGAAGCAGCGCGAAUUAACUUUUCAAGUGAAUUUUUCGUAGCCGUCACCGUCGUUGUCGCUUAAGUUGCCUGAUUUAGCCUUUCGUAAACAGCUAGCUCUUUUUACCUGAAACAGGUGGUCCCUUUCACGUUAUUAGAAGACUGGACUCUUAGUCUAUCUUCCUAUCUCAUCAAAAUGUUCGUGUCACGGAAAAUGGUAGAAAUGUGACGGUGGCGACGAUGGUGAAGGAAAACCACUUUUUAAAAUCUCAAACACAAUGGAAUGGAUUAUUUUAUUGCUUUAUAAUGAUGUUGGGAAUUAAUAGCAAUGUGGCGUUGGUGGUGGUGGUGGAGGGAAAACAAUAGAGAUGCAGUGGUGGUGGUAAGGGAAAACAACUGAAAUGUGGUGGUGGUGGUAGUGGUGGAAGAAAAAAUUGAAAUGUGGUGAUGGUCUUGAGAGAAAAAAGAGAAAUGUGGCGGUUGUGGAGGAAAAUAAUAGAAAUAUGGUGGUGGUGGUGGUGGUGGAGUAAAAACAAUAGAAAUGUGGUGAUGGUUGUGUUAGAGGAAAAACAAUAGAGAUGUGGUGUUGGUGGAGGAAAAUAAUAGAAAUGUGGUGGUGGUGGUGGCGGAAAGGGAAAAUAAUUAUAAUGUAUGGGCGGUCUUGGAGGGAAAACAAUGAAAAGAGACAAAUAAGUAAAUGAAUUAGUAAAAAUAAAAAAAAAAUCGUCUUCUUUACGGUAAAAAAAAGUAUACACGAUUCCAACAAAAACCAGUUUUAGCUUUCUAAAAAAAGGUGCUCAUAUGAUUGUUAUAUCACCCUUGCUUCAGUCUUAAGAUCUUUGACAUCACUUAUUUUGUUCAGGUGUUCCUAUAAUUUUGAAUAAAGAAAAGGAAGUAGCAGGAGAAACCGUUGUUAUUAUAUGGGAACCACCACUGAAUGGGGCGUGUUUUGUCUUGGAGUAUAAAGUCUACUACAGAAAGGUUUCAUUGGCAGAGACUAGUCCUUGGAGCGUCGUAACCGUGAACAAAAAUUGUACGAGCCACACCUUGCACCUGGGUUGUUCCAAGGAGUAUGAAGUCGCAGUUACUUCACUUAGUGCUGCAACUGCAAACACUGACAGCACUGAGAUCAAUUUUAGUGACAUCCGGAUAUGGAACUUCAAAGUUAGGAGAGGUACGUUUGGGUAUAAUUCAUAGUUGUUGAUUUCUGAGCCCAGGACAAGCUUCGCUGUAAUUUGGUACUAAUUUAUCUCAUGUUUACAUGAAAGGAGGAUGCAUGAUCCUUAAAGGGGCUGCAAAUUUUCUUUUACUUUUAAUGCAAGACGUGUCGGUCGCGUCGGUCAAAAGGAUACUAAGCAACGACGACGGCGACGGCGAACGGCAAAGAAGCAAUAGGUGUAGAUUAGAAAAACAUCAACUUUGCACGUGCAGCACACUCUUUUGUAGAAUUCUUUGCAGUCACUGCACGACUACGAUAUGAAACUGCCCGAUCUCACCAGAAUUUCAAGUUUCGUGGAGGACUUGAACACAAGACAACGACUUCCCUUUUCUUUUUCUAAACUUCAAUACAUGAGUCCUUCAGAAUUCAAGUCCAGAAAAAUUUGCCAACAUUUGAAGUUUGAAGCAGCGCGAAUUAACUUUUCAAGUGAAUUUUUCGUAGCCGUCACCGUCGUUGUCGCUUAAGUUGCCUGAUUUAGCCUUUCGUAAACAGCUAGCUCUUUUUACCUGAAAUAGGUGGUCCCUUUCACGUUAUUAGAAGACUGGACUCUUAGUCUAUCUUCCUAUCUCAUCAAAAUGUUCGUGUCACGGAAAAUGGUAGAAAUGUGACGGUGGCGACGAUGGUGAAGGAAAACCACUUUUUAAAAUCUCAAACAAAAUGGAAUGGAUUAUUUUAUUGCUUUAUAAUGAUGUUGGGAAUUAGUAGAAAUGUGGCGUUGGUGGUGGUGGUGGAGGGAAAACAAUAGAGAUGCAGUGGUGGUGGUAAGGGAAAACAAAUGAAAUGUGGUGGUGGUGGUGGUGGCGGAAAGGGAAAAUAAUUAUAAUGUAGGGGCGGUCUUGGAGGGAAAACAAUGAAAAGAGACAAAUAAGUAAAUGAAUUAGUAAAAAAAAAAUUGUCUUCUCUACGGUAAAAAUAGUAUACACGAUUCCAACAAAAACCAGUUUUAGCUUUCUAAAAAAGGGUGCUCAUAUGAUUGUAUUAUCACCCUUGCAUUAGCCUGAAGAUCUUUGACAUCACUUAUUUUGUUCAGGUGUUCCUAUAAUUUUGAAUAAUGACAAGGAAGUAGCAGGAGAAACCGUUGUUAUCAUGUGGGAACCACCACUGAAUGGGGCGUGUUUUGUCUUGGAGUAUAAAGUCUACUACAGAAAGGUUUCAUUGGCAGAGACUAGUCCUUGGAGCGUCGUAACCGUGAACAAAAAUUGUACGAGCCACACCUUGCACCUGGGUUGUUCCAAGGAGUAUGAAGUCGCAGUUACUUCACUUAGUGCUGCAACUGCAAACACUGACAGCACUGAGAGCAAUUUUAGUGACAUCCGGAUAUGGAACUUCAAAGUUAGGAGAGGUACGUUUGGGUAUAAUUCAUAGUUAUUGAUUUCUCAGCCCAGGACAAGCUUCGCUGUAAUUUGGUACUAAUUUAUCUCAUGUUUACAUGAAAGGAGGAUGCAUGAUCCUUAAAGGGGCUGCAAAUUUUCUUUUACUUUUAAUGCAAGACGUGUCGGUCGCGUCGGUCAAAAGGAUACUAAGCAACGACGACGGCGACGGCGAAGGCGAACGGCAAAGAAGAAAUAGGUGUAGAUAAGAAAAACAACAACGUGCAGCACGCUCUUUUGUAGAAUUCUUUGCAGUCACUGCACGACUACGAUGUGAAACUGCCUGAUUUCACCAGAAUUUCAAGUUUCAUGGAGGACUUGAACACAAGACAACGACUUCCCUUUUCCUUUUCUAAACUUCGAUACAUGAGUCCUUCAGAAUUCAAGUCCAGAAAAAUUUGCCAACAUUUGAAGUUUGAAGCAGCGCGAAUUAACUUUUCAAGUGAAUUUUUCGUAGCCGUCACCGUCGUUGUCGCUUAAGUUGCCUGAUUUAGCCUUUCGUAAACAGCUAGCUCUUUUUACCUGAAACAGGUGGUCCCUUUCACGUUAUUAGAAGACUGGACUCUUAGUCUAUCUUCCUAUCUCAUCAAAAUGUUCGUGUCACGGAAAAUGGUAGAAAUGUGACGGUGGCGACGAUGGUGAAGGAAAACCACUUUUUAAAGUCUCAAACAAAAUGGAAUAGAUUAUUUUAUUGCUUUAUAAUGAAUGAUGUUGGGAAUUAAUAGAAAUGUGGUGUUGGUGGUGGUGGGGGAGGGAAAACAAUAGAGAUGCAGUGGUGGUGGUAAGGGAAAACAACUGAAAUGUGGUGGUGGUGGCAGUGGUGGAAGAAAAAAUUGAAAUGUGGUGGUGGUAUUGGGAGAAAAAAUGGAAAUGUGUUGGUGGUGGAGGAAAAUAAUAGAAAUAUGGUGGUGGUGGUGGUGGAGGAGAAACAAUAGAGAUGUGGUGUUGGUGGAGGAAAAUAAUAGAAAUGUGGUAGUGGUGGUGAAGAGGGAAAAAAAUAGAAAUGUGGUGGUGAAAAAGGGAAAAUAAUUAUAAUGUAGGGGCGGUCUUGGAGCGAAAACAAUGAAAAGAGACAAAUAAGUAAAUGAAUUAAUAAAAAUAAGAAAAAGAUUGUCUUUUUUACUGUAAAAAAAAGUAUACACGAUUCCAACAAAAACCAGUUUUAGCUUUCUAAGAAAGGUGCUUAUAUGAUUGUAUUAUCACCCUUGCUUCAGUCUUAAGAUCUUUGACAUCGCUUAUUUUAUUCAGGUGUUCCUAUAAUUUUGAAUAAAGACAAGGAAGUAGCAGGAGAAACCGUUGUUAUCAUAUGGGAACCACCACUGAAUGGGGCGUGCUUUGUCUUGGGGUAUAAAGUCUACUACAGAAAGGUUUCAUUGGCAGAGACUAGUCCUUGGAGCUUCGUAACCGUGAACAAAAAUUGUACGAGCCACACCUUGCACCUGGGUUGUUCCAAGGAGUAUGAAGUCGCAGUUACUUCACUUAGUGCUGCAACUGCAAACACUGACAGCACUGAGAGCAAUUUUAGUGACAGCCGGAUAUGGAACUUCAAAGUUAGGAGAGGUACGUUUGGGUAUAAUUCAUAGUUAUUGAUUUCUCAGCCCAGGACAAGCUUCGCUUCACUUUUAAUGCAAGACGUGUCGGUCGCGUCGGUUAAUAGGAUGCUUAAGCAACGACGACGGCGACGGCGAACGGCGAUCAUAAUUAUAAUGCAGGGGCGGGCUUGGACGGAAAACAAUAGAAACGUGGUGAUAGUGACGGACAGGGAAAACAAUUCAAAUGUGAUGGUGGUUGUGGUGGUGUUGGUGAGGGAAAACAAUAGAAAUGUGGUGGUGAUCUUGGACGGUAAACAAUAGAAAUCUGGUGGUGGUGUACAGCUUCACUAUUCAAGGCUGGUAUCAUCACAAAUAAAUUGUCUUGAAACGAAAGGAGGAUGUAGGGUCGAUGUAGGUUGGGUCCAUCAGGGAUCGAUGUAGGGUCGAUGAGGGGUAGAUCGGUGAAGGAUCGAUGUGUGCUCGAUGUGGGGUGAAUAUAGGCUCAAUAAUGAGCAAACAAAAGAGGAGGGAAAGUGAAAAUUUGUUUGUGUUUGUUUGUUUGUUUGUUUGUUUUUUUUAAAGAAAGAGCUAGUUUGCCGUCGUUCCCAUUACUAUGCACGAUUUGCGCGCCAAGAACCAGUGAACCAGAAUUGGUACAAUUUGUUGGACAAUGAAAGCGGCAGGAGGUAGAACUUGCACUAAUUCCUCGCAACAUGAAUCAACCGAUGAUGAAUAAUUUUCUUACUAUCGAUAAGAAAUAUAACUAGGAAACCGAUCCAACAGGUUAGCACACGGCCUUAUCUUAAUGAAUGUCAAGACUCGGCUGUGGCCGACUUAGUAGUUAUGUUAAUGAGAGCCGCAUAAACUGUGCUUGACUUCAUGAAAUUAGAUGUAAAAAAAACAUCAAAUACAUUAAUUACUCAGGCUUACGAUUCGAGACGCAACACCCGAAAGCUAUUAAUUAGGUCAGAAUCGCUUGAGACUUUUGAACCCUCUUACGCAUUAAGCAAGUUGAAAAAGCAAAACGAUGCCAUCCGAAAUUGGAUUUCCGACUUUGACCAGCGACAUAUCUCUCAACCAAAAACACAAUAAGCAACCUAGCCAUGGAUAACAGAAGACUCUUGAUAGCAGCUGUAUUUCAUUUUAUACAUCCAGUGGAAAAAGACAGUUCAAAAGAUCUCAAGUUGACACAAAACUGUGGCAGCUUCACCUGUCAAAGUAAACAACUUUCAAGAUGCUGCAUAAAUUUUCCGCAUGAGCUCACCUGUCAAAUUUUGACCAAUCAGAGCAUAAACAUUGGACGUAGCGCGUGACCUUGGUAAGAAAAAGUCUUCCCCACCCGUAUUUCUAAAUAACUGGCGGAAUUUUAGCGUCCGGGGUUAGUUUGAAUUCAAAAUCUUAAUAGUGCAGGGCAAUAGACAUAAACAUAGGCACUAGGAGUAAUCGCAGCUUAGGAGAGUGCGUUCUAUAUGUUUGCUAGGCGUACAGGUAGCAGUUAAGGGGAAAGGGUGGAUGGUGCUAUGAUUAUGGCAUAUUUUGAACGUAAGGGUUGCGUACAGCGAAACCUCGAUUUAAACUGUGUAUCAUAGUGAAAAGGUUUUGAAGGCUAGUAAUCAGCGUGAUAUCGUAUGGUUCGCCUCAAGUGCUUGUUACUUGAGGAGACACUGGCCAGAGUGCUUCGGGCGUGUAGAUAGAACUUUUUGUUUUACUGGCACAAUAGAUGUUCUACAGGGCGCAGUUGUUCGAAGGCCUAUCAGCGCUUAACCCGGGUAUCUUUUUCUUUUGUUAAAAACAUUUCUUUGGAUAAUUUUCUCAGUUAUUUUUAAGAGCGUCCAAUCAUCAACUUGUUGGGAAAAUGAAGCUUUCACAUCUGAGUUCAAAUUUCGCACUAACCCUUUUCGCCUGAGUUAUCUCAACCCAGCUUUGAACAACCCGGCCCAGGUACUGUUAAAAAGCAAACAGUUGACAAAGUUUUAGAUGUAAUCAUUAAUUUUAUUUAUGUCUCCUCCCCGGUUUACUGAAACACUAACAAUAAACCCCCCUUUACUGCCAACAGCCGAGCUUUGUUUGCUAGACGCCUAACUUAGAAAACAAAGAAAACCGAGACUAUGGUCUGGGAUUAAAAACAUGGCCAAGUUAAUGGCCGGUUUUAUUCAAAUCUGUAAAAUCAUCUUAUCGAUGUUAAAAUAUGAAAUAAUGUUUACGAAUUUAUAGGUCUAGCAAAGGUGAGGGCCAGAAGAAAAAGGCCACGGGUCGCUCCUAAGCGGCCCAGCCCCACCCGAAGGCUGUUGGCGAAAAGGAAGACGAAAACACAACGCCUGUUUGUGUUUUCAAGUACUAGUAUCUAAAGUUGUUCCUAAACUCGGAGUUCUAAUAUAACGAAGAAAAGCGCUGGAUUGCCAGCGACCUAGCAAGCGAAUUUGGGAGUCUGAAAACCCCUUGGCAGAUGCCCAGCUGGCAGCGCCAAUGCGAAAACUGUGCGCUUUAUAUAGCUUAGUGUCUAAGUUACAAAAUGUAAGUGCUGCGUUAAGUCGCUCAACAAAAUAGGAUCUAGUAAUCGGAAUUCCGUCGGGCCAACAAAAAAGAGGGCCGGAUACCGACCCUCGCACAGCUAAAAAGUUUAAGAUCAACUGAACUGGACAGCAUGACCUUUCAGGAUAAAUAAAAAUAACAAAAGGUGGCCCAGAAUUCUUAUGCUUGUAGUUAUGCAAGGUAAGUUGCAGUGCCUGAAUUCGGCCUUGAGCAUCAACCAGUCGGUCUAGUUGCGAAAGAUUAAUGAUAUUGGUAGUGUUGCCUCGAGAGGCUGUUAACUCAACAAUGCAGAGAAAAGCAAAAAUGCCAAAGCACACAUGGCAGACAUGAGACAAGACUGGUAAUGUGAUGAAAGGGAAUGCUCGAAAGCUCUAAUUAAGUUCUGUAACACUGGCAAAGUAAUAGGGAACCUGACAUCAUUGAGGGGAGUUAGUUGCCGAUAACCCUUUAAAAUUUGUAUAAUAAGUGGAGCCUCAGUAGGAUCAGCGACACCAGCAAGUUUAUGAACGUAACUAAUAGCAGAAAUGUAAGUGGUUACUGACGAAGAAGAAUAAUUCCUAGAGUAUAGAUGCGCGAUAAAAAGGGCCAGUAUGGCCGGUUGAAGAGGCAAAUUAAAAGGCAUAUCACCUAAAUAAGAAGCCGACCAAUCUGUAAAUAACUUCCAAGGUCGUUUAUAAACUGAUACAGAAGCGUUACUCAAGCUUGCCUCUAAAAGAGUUUUUGUUAUAACUGCCAGUUCUCUGGUAACAGUUGGGGAGGCACAGCUGUUGGUUCUGGCGCCAUGUCCUUGGACAGGGACUUGAAUUUGGUCACCUGUGAACGCGAUAAAGCAUCAGCUUUCGUGUUAUGAACGCCUGGGAGGUGUACAGCUUUAAAUAAGAUAUUAUUCUGCAAACAUGAUAGAACCAAGGCGCGAAGAAGAACCAACAGCUCCCUAUCUUUAGUCGUCUUUUUAUUAAUUACUUCCGACAAGGCUUGAUUGUCGGUGUGAAAGGUUAUGCAUUUGUUCGCCAGCUGAGUACCCCAUAUUUGUAAACUGAGAACAAUAGGAAACAUUUCUAGCACAAUAAUAUUCUUAGAGGUCCAGGAUGGGGGCCACGGACCGUAAAACCAAUUCUGACGAAACACCGCUUCAUAGCCUAGAGAGCCAGAAGCAUCAGUAUAAAGAUGCAAGUGAGGUGAUGAAAGCCAUUGAAAAUCUACGAAGAAUGAUUUGCCAUUGAAGUGUGUUAAAAAUUCUAACCAGAGCUUAAGAUCGUCCUUGACUAUACGCGUUAAUCUAAUUAAAUGAGUCGGGCGAUUGACCCCAACUGUCAAAUUAAUCAUUCGUCUAAGAAAGGUCCUGCCGGGUAUAACGACUGAACAAGUGAAGUUCAGAAGACCAAUAAGGGAUUGCAUCUCCUUAAGGGAGACUUUUUUACGCUUGAGAAAUUCAUAAAUAAGAGUAACACAUUUUUUUAGCUUUUCUUCUGGGAGGCGAGCCUCCAUUUUGUCAGUGUCUAGUUCUAUUCCGGCGAAACAUAAAACACUACUGGGACCCAUUGUCUUUUCAGGCGCCAUGGGGACACCCAAGUCGUCACACAUCGCUAAAAACCUAGACAGAUUUUGUUCACAAGCUGAGAAAGUUUUGUCUAUGAGAAGGAAAUCAUCUAAAAGGUGUAAAACACCUGAGAUAGCUAACUUAGACUUAGCAAUCCACUCGAGAGCGGUUGAAAAGCUUUCCCAAAUUUUGCAAGAGGAACUGGCUCCCAUCGGCAGGCAUUUAUCAAAAUAGAAGCUGUCCUCCCAACAAAAACCUAACAAAUCAUAGUCGCAUGGAUUUAUUGGAAUUAGACGAAAAGCGUUUUUGACAUCUGUCUUAGCUAGGGCACAGCCCCUGCCUGUGCGCCUGAUAAGUCUAAUCGCAUCGUCAAUCGAGGCAUAUUUAACGGUAGAGGCAUCGUUAGGAAUACAAGAGUUAAUAGAAUCACCGUAAGGAAAAGAUAGGUGGUGAAUAAGGCGAAAUUCUCCUGGCGUCUUUUUAGGAAUUAAACCAAGCGGAGAAAUGCGUAAUGAAGGAAAAGGUCGUUCUAAAAAUGGCCCUGCAAUCCGACCUAGACUUAAUUCUUUUGACAGUUUAUCGGAAACGGCUACAGGGUUUUGAGUAGCGGAUAAAAGAUUUUUGCAACUGGAGGGUUUGUGGGGCCCUACAUAAGCCAAUAAAAACCCAUGUUGAAAUCCAUUUAAAAGAUAGUCUUUCAAUUUAGUUGGAUAGCCAUCUAGGUAAAAAUGUAAUCUAUUUACUUUGACUGGUGUUGGUAGUUGGACUGGAUGCGACAGUGCGAGAGGUGGCGACAGGUGGUUUUCCCGACUUGCAUUUUGUGGCAGGGUGAUCGCCUCCACAUUUAAAGCAGGCGUGUUUGAAAUUACACCCGAAACAUCUUUCACCUUGGUGGAACUUCCAGCAGAAUCCUCGCGGAAGGGGCUGCUUUGAUUGCCGGUUAAACGAGUUAGGCGGAUUGUUUGAGGAUGAAAGUUUGGUCAUGUGGUGCGCCUGCAACCACAAUUCCCAAUGCACUUCGUCCCAAGGGAAAAGAGAUUUUUGACGUAAAUAGCGAAAAUUUUCAUCAUAAUAACGCCAAUGAGCGUUUUUUGCCGCCAGAUCGCGCACUGUCGCACUGUAUUUCAUUAAUCCGGGAGCGCUGUCCGGAAAUCGGAUGGUGUAGACGGCAACAAAAACCUGAAAUGCGGUAGUCCAUUGAUCGAUGCUAGUAAUGCGCUUAUAGUUUUGGACGGGUUCGAGACUGACCACAGGCUGGUUGGAUCCAGAUGAUUUUACCGUGAAGUUGUAUUUGGGAUCGCCUGGCAAGGACGAUAGAAGAGUUCCGAGAUCGAUAUAUUCGUUGGCCCAUAUUUUUGAUUGAAUUUUGUCCGGAACUCUACUCGAGAGUGGAACGGAAAUUAAGGUAUGGAUUUUAUCGGGCCUGUGGUCGGUCUCUGGCCCGCUAGUAAUGGAGGUAGAAUUUAAAGUGUGGCCCUCACCAGUUAGGUCUUGAACAACCUGCGCUACUGACCCCUGUACAGCAGCAGCAGGGUCGGAGGUCUGUACUGGCUCUUGGGGGAUUUUUCCUGCGGACUUCAGGCUUUCAACUACAGCCGAAGAAAUAGCACUCGUGAUGCUUGAAACCAUAUUCUGAGAGACAACUGAACUCGAGGGCGCGGGACUUGAGACUGAGGAUGGCCCACUGAUCGCCGGCUCUCGGGAAAGUUCGCUUGGGUGCGGCACUUCGGGUGGGUUGAGAGCAGGAACCGAGUGUACUCGAGAGGUCUGCUUAGGCCUCUUGGCCUUGGUGGGGCGAGAUGUACUGCGGGCCAUGGCCCUCGGGCGUUUAACUUGUGCGCUGGAGGCUGUGGCGGUAGAACUUCGCUUUCCUCUAGUCAUCAUCGUGGAAUAUGGUUUAAUUUCAAGAAAAUCUAGACCGCAAGCAAAGGAACUUGAAUAAAUAAGCCUAAGGCGUUGGUAUGGGAGAUAAAAUAGUAAAAGAGUGAGUGGGGAGGGAGGUGGGGGGUUUCCAAUCCAGUAGCAUUCUGCUCAAAUUAUAAAUUGGAGAGAGAAAAAACGGAACCGGCAAUAAAAGAAAAAUCGGCAGCAUGUUUGGCAAUUUCCCAAUUGGAGACGCCGCAUUGAACAUGCUAAAGCGCCGGAAAGAGGAACCGGUCUGUAAAGUAAAUACAAUAUCUUAUAACAAAAGAUAAAGCUCUGCUGUCCGCCAUAAAGGACGGUUACAACGAAAGUAGAAUGCAUGACUGGAUAGACAAGUUGGAAUCUGUCACUGAGCCUCAGAAAAAGUGCCUAACUUCUUCAAGGCGAAUAGUAUGGCUCCCCUAUAGCUACGAUAAAGAGCAUAGUUACCCGCUGCGCUCAAAUGAACGCCGUCUCGGCAUAAAACGGCAAUAGAUGGACUUUGAAGCCCUCUAUGGCUCCACGCUUCCGCAUAAGGGAGUGGUUCGAGGACCACUUUGAGAUAUUUAUUGAGAAGGUCUACUUUGUGGCUGAAAUCAGGAACGUGUGGAGGAAUAGCAGACCGGUAAAUUACUAGGCAUACCAUUAUAAACUCUGCUCCACAGUGAUCAUGGAGGACUUGAACUAAAUGUUCAAUAUCUGAACCAACAGAUUCGGGGCGCUGCCCCACUACACACAAAUCAUUAGUGCCCAGUUCUAAAAUGAUAACCUUUGGCUGAAAAGCCUUAAUUUUAUCCAAAUCAAAUGACAGCAUUUUAGAGACGGUUCUACCGCCAAUGCCUAGAAAAGAUAUAUUUUCGUGAGGCAAGUUCAUGUUGUGAGCGGCACGCCUAUCGUGAUGUUCGGUGAGGAAUGUCUGUAAACGCUUCACAAAUGAAUGACCAAGAAUGAGAAUGUUGGCGGUAUUAUCCAUAACAGCAAACAGUUGAAAACAAGAAGUAAAUGAGAUAUACUUAACGUUUUGUUGUGGUGAAUUCCCAAGGAGAGCUGCUUGUUCAAAGGAUAAGCGGUCAGCUAUCGAAGAUUCGGCUUGAUGUCAGCUUUCAGACCGAGAGGAUUAACAAAAGGUUACACCCUCUUAUAAAGGGUCUCCGCGAGAUAAUGAGAUCGAGGCUAAGUAGAUUUACUUUGAGUGGCCUUACGAUAGGAGCUCGUGAUUAUUACCCAAAAAUAAUUUUACUUUUGGUCUUGUGAUUCUCAUGCAAUCGCAAACCAUUGUAAGAUAAUUCAAAGUUCACAUUCGAGAGCCUCUAAGCCUUUGAAGCCGCAAUCGACCCCACCCCCCCAAAAUCCAUGCAUUGAAGAAAUUGGAAGGGGAGACAUAAAAAUUUUUAUUUGGUUCCAAAUAAACUCAUUUAAUAUUGGGAAUUCCACAUGUAGACAAUUACUGAAAUUUACUGUAAAAUGCCGGAAACCGUUACUGGCAAGUCUUCUUAACUUGUGAUGAUAUUAAAGAAGGACCCAAGACCACAUUUUUUCGGUGAAUGCUGCGGCACAAUGAUUGUGUUUGAACACUGGUUCACUUACACUACACCUCUCAAUUUUUCAUACGUUUCAAGGGAAUCAUCAAAGCCUUCAGUGGAAUGUGUGUGCGGCUCACGUCAAUAACUUUUCCAGUAAUUUGGUCGAGUGUAUUGAUUUCAGUGGCUUGAGUGGCGCUACUGUGGGCUGGUCACGUUUUUGCGAAUAAAUAACAUAGAGCUAUAAAAAUGUUCGUUUGUCCAGUUCCGAAAAUAUUACAAGUCAUGAUGAAAUGGUGGCGCCGAGCUUCACAUCUCGGUAGAUUUACUUUGUGGAAUAACGGCCGCCGCCGAGCUUCACAUCUCGGUAGAUUUACUUUGUGGAAUAACGGCCGCCGAGCUACUCAGCUCGGUAGAUUUACUCUGUGGCACUACAGCGGCCUAGCUAUACAACUCAGUAGAUUUACUUUGUGGCACAACAGACGCUGAGCUUCACAACUCGCCGGUAAAUUUACUUUGUGGUACAACGGACGCCGAGCUAAACAACCCGGUUUGAUGCAUGCACCAGGAGUAGCACGCAUUUUCCAAAGAAAAAUAUGAGGGCUUAAUCCAAACUAAAAUUUUACUCAGGGUGUAAGCUUUCAGCACACUUUUGAAAGAUGGAAUGCUUAGGAAGAUUCAUUAAACACCGAUCGAUAGUAGACCUUCAGCACACUCUGAGAUAUGUACGCUUUACAAAGAUUCAGCACACUUUCAAAAGAUCAACGAUUUACGAAGACAGAAUAGGAGAACUCAGCAAACGUGUGAAAGAUGAACGCCGAGGACACACGAAUCACCACGUGAGUUAGUGCGUCAAAGUGAGGCAAAACGUAAGCAAGUGCCCCAAAGCGAGGCAAAUGUUUGUCGACGACGACGAAUGCAAUCUCGAAAAAACCUCCCUUAUUAAUUGCACAAGACACCUAAUAAUGCAUAGAACACCCAACACAAAUUAGGGGUUGCGUUCUCGUACCUCGAACGCAAUAAAUUAUUUGUAAGAACGUACGACAUCCUUAAUUUUGACCAAUGUUAAUAAAAAUCUUUUAAUGAAGACCUUUUUAAUGGUUUGGUCAGUUUUUAACUAUUUGUUGACUCAAAAGUUGGCAAGGAAGGCAAAAGUUGCUCUAGGUUGCUCGCAGUACAAAGAGUUGCUGAAAACGCUAAGAGUUGCUCAAAAGUUGUCGAGCACAAUCUAUUUAUGCCUAGUACUUAGAAAGUGUGAAAGUAAACAUUGGUUUUCCUGUGGUGCGGACGGACGGUCGCUCGGGCGGUCGGUCAGUCGGUGUACGGUCACGCGAUUACCAAAUUUUCUGGGAUAGGUAUUUAGAACAAAACACAUUUAAGAUGCCAGAAUAAAGAGAGUUUUGUAUUCAACAAGAUAAAAAGUUCCAUACUGAUGACAUAAAUCAAUGUUUACAUAGUAAUAGUCAUGGGGAUCCAAAUGCAAAUAUGUUCAAUUUUACGUUUCUCCUGGUCGAUUUUGGCAAAGUGUUGUGCUCAUCUGCGAACGAGCUCCAGCAAAACUCAAAUGCUUCUUCUACAGAGACUAUAUUUCUCUAAUAUUGAUUGUUUUGUUGGAGAUUCGUCGCGUUUACAUUUGACCUUUGUAGCCUUUUGUCUUUUGUCUGUCAUUCGUAAACAAUACCAAAAACAAUGUAACUACUCCGUCGACCAAUCAGCGCUCCUGACCGGAUUCCAGACACGCUGAGAUCCAGACGUUCCUCCUCGUGAAACGUCCCCUGUGGCGAAGAGUAAGGAGAAACGGCUGUUUUCGCAGGCUAAUCAUCAUAUUGUGGAAAUUUAGGGGAGACUAUCAAAAGGAAGGGAGGGGUGUCUCAGGCGUGUCUUGCCAAGUCCACAUCUUUUACAUUGGACAUUCACAAUAUGGUCAAUUGACAGCUGUCAAAACAGGAUAGCCACUGACUAGUAUCCCAUGACCGUAUCGCGGGCUCAUGUGUCAACUUAUUGAGGUGACGUGAUUUAUUUGGAAGCUGUCCGCUGACCAGUUAAUUAUUUUACUAGGUCGCGAUCAAUGUUCAGUCUCAUACUUUCUAGCUAGUUUGGGAUCGGAGCACAGGUAAACUGAUACACAUAUUGGACAUCAAUGUUGUGAGCAAUUGACAGCUGUCAAAACAAGGUAUCCGCUGACCAGUAUCACUUGACUCUAUCGCGGGCUCAGGUGUCGACCCAUCGGGGUCAAGUAUUUUUUGAAGUUAUCCGCUGACAAGGUCCUGGUUGUCAAAUGAUCGCAGGCUCAAGUUUAAUUAUUUUUAAAAUUCAUAUGAAAUAUGUCGUGUUUAUGUGCCGCACAAUUAAAAUUUUGAUUUCAAACUGACCUAGGACGCGAAAAUUCAGCCAGCUGCUACAGGCAGGGAAGACAGUUGCUUUUGACUUUUCUCGCCAUGUUCACGCGUUGGUCACGCUCUACGUCCAAUUUUUAUGCUCUGAUUGGUCAAAAUUUGACAGGUGAGUUCAUGCAGCAUCUUGAAUCUUGUUUACGUUGACAGCUGAAGCUGACAGAGUUUUGUGUCAACUUGUGAUGUUUUUAACUUCCUUUUUCCACUGGAUGUACAAAAUGAAAUUCAGCUGCUAUCAGGAGUCUUCUGUUAUUCAUGUCUAGUUUGUUUAUUUGGUUUUUGGCUGAGUCAAAGUCGGAAAUCCGAUUUCGCAUGGCAUCGUUUUCGCUUUCACCUUGCUUAAUGCGUAAGAGGGUUGCAAAGUCUGAAGCGAUACUGGCCUUACUUGACACCUUUCAGGAGCUGCAUCUCGAGUGGUAAGCCUAAGUAAUUAUUGUAUUUGAUGUUUGUUUUUUAUUCCUAAUUUAAUGAAGUCGAGCGUAGUUCAUGCGGCUAUUUUGUUUACGCACGUUUAUAAGAUUUGAGACUAUGGUCUGACCGAGUAUCAGGUUUGUUAUAAGCUUACAGAUCUUUAAAAAGCCUUUAGAUAUUUUCUCACCGCAAAUAGAAAGAAAACGUUUCAAGGAAUAUUUAGUUAUAAUUCUGGCUGUAAAAGAAAGGUUUGAGCGAUUUCUUUGCCUCGAGUUCGUCUUUGAAAAAAGCAAACACCGGGAAGCCGGCUUAAAACAUAAACUUCAGCUUUAAAGCUCGAAGACUCAGGAUUUUUAGAGACACUUUAAUACUUGUCUUCCUGAAUGAAAAUUGUCGUCUCUGUAUAUGUUUCACCGAAUUAUUUCUUUUAUUGAUUGUUAGUACUGUCUCUUGUAAUUUUAAUCGCUGUGCCGAUUGUUUUGCCGCGCGUUAAACCGUUUUAAAAAAAACAAGACGCUACGGAGCUAGCGUACACUUCGGCGUCGUGGUUGUGGAACUAAUUAAUUGUAAAUGCGGAGGAAUAGUAAGAAAUCAAAUAUGGUAAGAGUAAGGUGUGAAAUUAUGGGAUUUGUCAGGAUAUUCUGAAAAGAGCAACAUCCAAGAGGCCUACUUGCCAAAAACUAGCAUUUCAGGACAAAUUGUCUCCGCGAUAUUAGCCCAGUUAUGCUCUGAUGACUCCAUACAAAUCCUUCUAAAAAACAAUUCUCUAUUUUUCUUAGUCACAUUAGGCUUCAAAAACAGCAUAGCAGUCUCAUGUACUGAUUAAAGAUAUGUAAGGUAUGGGUAAGGAGUCAAUUACGUUGAGCAUGGAAUUGGCUAAAACUCAAAGUCACGAGUUCGAAUGUUUUGAGGAUAAUUAUUCACUGACUAUCAGCACGCAGGGAUGUCGGAUUAACACAAGGAAGUUUAACACCAAAGGAACACAGCCUUUACAGAGCUUUAAAACACAGCAUCCGCCAGGACAAACUUGACUUGAACUUUGAGUAAAACUAGACAGCCUCUACCAAUAACAACAAACUCUCACUUGAACUUCAGAUAUCUUACGGCUUCCGCGAACUUGUAAACACAGAACCUGAAAAUCGACCUUCGUCACACUUGACUAAACACAGCAGUCCAGCUCGUGGGAGAAAACUUAGUUCGUCAAAAGAACUCGCUUGGAACUUGUAUACCGUUUGACAUAAGGUUCUAGAAAAUACUAAACAGGCGAAUAGUAGUAGCUUUUCGACAUAUUUUAUGAUUUCAGUCACUGAUGCAAAUCUGCUGACUCAUGCUGAGAUGUAAACAUGCCCUAAUUAAUUAUUCAUGGUAAUCCAAAAACGUAGAGAACGUUCGAGAAAGUCACGCAACGCAUGAAAGCAAUUUUACUACGUAACACUCAACAAAGACAAAAUGUCUUUGUGCAGCAUUUUGUAACUUUAAAUUCAUCAUAAAACAGUUCGAAAGGAGGGCUCACUCGUGAAAUGUUUUUCAACACUCGAAGAGAAAUUUCUUGUCUCUGCGCGGCCACGAAAUAUCCUCUAUUUAUUCCUCGAGUAAUUAAAGACUAAACUCGAAGUGAUCUCAAGAUAUCACGAAGUAGUCCGAUCUCAUUUCGUGAAAUAGUUGAAACAAGCCGAAAAGUCACGAACUUGCACGCCCAAUCUUGUCCCGAAACUAGUGCAUGAUUUCAUAACUAUUUUUCAUCUCCCAAACUACCUUGGGUCGCAGUAGCGCAAUCGGCUGAUCCCUCAACUUAGAGUCUCCUCUGAUCUGACGGGUCACACAGGUGAGUCGGUUCAAAUCCCGGGAAGGCCAAAAAAAAAGUUAGAGAAUAAAUCAAAGAAAUCGAAGUGAUCUCGAGAUAUCUCGGACUAAUUCGGCUCUUACUUCAUCAAAUAGCCAAACAGAGCCGAAAACCUACACACUUUGCUUGCCCAAUCUUGUCAAAAAAUUGCAACUUUGAUACAUUCCUGAGCGUUGCGAAUCCUUUACUUCGAGCUCCGCCGAAGUAAAAUAAACAGAAUAAAUUCUUUAUGAUGUUGAAGCGUAACUGUGUCAAUGUUCAUUCAAACACUCGCCACCGCUAGCACUGCAAAAGUCAGAACCGGCUGCCCGUAUAGAUGAUUUUGAAAAUUUUUUUAACGGUUUACGGCUAAAGCUCACGCGUGCUUCGAUCGUCCUGAAUAUUGAAUGAUAGCAAUUUGUAUCGCAGUAUUGUGAAAUACUGCAUUCUGUUGUCCGAGGUCUGUAUGAUAAAACGAGUGCCUCAUAGUACUGUUUCACCUCAGAUGUGAUGUAUAAGUGAUAUAAAAGCUUGGUUUACACGCACCCAGAUUUGUUGGCAAGAUUUUGUAAAGUAAACUUGUCGAACGCAAAAAAUUCGGUCGGAAUUUUUUUUCCAGACCUAAUUAAUCUACGGUGAUCAAGAGCCAUUAUGGCUCUUAAUAUAAAUGUGAUCGAAGAUGAUUGCCAGUUUUUGGGUGUACUUAUGAGGCUAUCAACUCGAUGUGAGAUUUGGUUCACUCUUGGGCUGUUUGCAAAUUAUUUUUUGUACAAUCACUUAGCCUUUCCCUGAAAAGUCACACGAAUGUGCCCUAAAGUUAACUGAAUUGUGGAAUACAAGUUUAUUGUUUGAUUUAAAUUAUAAAUUUAUUAAUGGGAGCCUCGCUUUUAGCCUUGGCUAAAUCUAUAUAUUAAAGUCAUGGAAAACUGCUGAAGGUCAUGAGAAGAGCUCAAAAGAGGAUGGCCGUCGAGGUUUCGAAAGGUCGUUUUUAUUAAUUCAUGAACUUAUGUUUCAAGAUUCUCGGUCUGCUAAUCUGGGCAUCUGUCCCUGUUUCCAAAGCUUUUAAUUCGAAUUAACUUCAUUUAAUUGGGUUAAGUAACUUAUCUAAAUGAAUAGAGAAAUUCCCUAGGUCAGUUCUCUAUUCUCUGGUCUCGUUUCAUUUCUCUUAGCGGAACCGCUAAUUAACUCUCUUUUAACCUGACCAAUUACAGGCGUACCAUUACCUCCUACUAUACAGAAGGAGAAAACCAAAACAAUAAGCUGCGACGUCAACCUUACAUGGAGCACCCCUGCUGAUAACGGAUGUCCGCUGACAAAGUACUCAGUGUACUACAGACUGAGUUAUGAAGACAAGCAAGAGGCAAAAUGGCAUGAAAUAAAUGAUCUCAAAGAGAAUGCGUUCAUUCUGACGUUAAAAUGUAACUCGCGGUAUGUGCUCGAAGUGUCUGCCUGGAAUGAGUUGGGAGAAAGUAAGAGAUCAAAAACACUGGAAAUUACCACAAAUUCAGGUUAGAGUGUGACUUAAGGUGUUUCGAUGUAGUUUUUCAGAGGCCAUACCGGUAUUUUUUAAUCGCUUUAAAAGUGACUUUAUCCUUGUCUGAUCGCUAUAAAAGUUUCACCAAUGGUUGACUAUAGAUUGAAAUUUGUCAAAAUGUAGGUUUUAGAAAAAUCGAUAUUACUACGACAACAAUAAACAAAAAACUUUGAAAUUGAUAAACGCCUAAUUUUGCGCGAUCUAGACCAGCUACUGAGAAUCCAACACUAGGAACUUAAAGUUUAGUGUUUAGCAAAUAACCUCUGUAAGAAGUUAAAAAAAUUCUGUAUGUUUGAAUUCGACUAAAACGAAAAUAUAUUUCAAACUAUAAAUUUCAAUAGCCGUGAUGGAUUAUUUAAUAAAAACGUUAUAAAUGACUCAAAUUAUUCUUAAGCAGCGUCAGAAUGCUGCUUAAUGUCAUAUUCCGAUGCUAGGAAAUUUUGGUGUAUUUCGUUCGAUCUUAAAAACUAACCCGUUUUGUCACCACCCGUAUAAGUGCAAUUUCAUUCAAAAUUUGGACUUUUAGCGCUUUUUUGUAUAUCUCUGAAACGACUCGAACGAAUUUUUUUAAAAUCUCUUCACAUAAUCUUCAUAAUGUAUAUAAUAUUGUCUAGAACUUUCAUUAAGAUUGAUUCACUGCAACACCUUGAAAUUUCAAGACAAACCUAUCCUACGAACCGGUCAAAAAUCCGCGCUACAACAUUCACUGUUUUAACGUUAAGAUAAUUUUUCGAAAUUAAUGCGGACAAUACAUAUAUCCAUGACUAGAACAUUUUAGUGUGAGGAUUUUCAAUGUUUUACAUUCAAAAGAUGCGAUAAAUGCAAACUAAAAUGUACUGGUCAUGGAGGUAUGUAUAGUGCGUAUUAUUUUGAAAAAAUUAGCAUAACGUCAAAACAGUGAAUGUUGUAACGCAGAUUUUUGACAGGUUCGUAGGAUAGGUUUGUCUUGAAAUUUUAAGAUGUUGCAGUUAAUCAAUCUCAAUGAAAGUUUCAGACCUUAUUAUAUACAUUAUGAAGACUAUGUGAGGAGAUUUCAGAAAAAAAUUCGUUCGGAUUGUUUCAGAGAUAUACGAAAAAGCGCUAAAAGUCUAAAUCUUGAAUAAAGUUGCACUUAUACAAGUAGUGAGAAAACGGGUUAGUUUUCAAGAUCGCAAGAACGAAAAUACACCAAAAUUUCCUAGCAUCAAAAUAUGAUAUUAUUAGCACCAUUCUGACGGUAUUUAAGAGUAAUUUGAGUCAUUUAUAACUUCUUUAUUAAAUAAUCUAUCACGGCUAUUGAAGAUUUAAGGCUUGAAAUAUAUUUUCCUUUUCGUCGAAUUCAAACAUACAGAAUUUUUUACUUCUUACGGAGAUUAUUUGCUAAACGCCAAACUUUAAGUUCCCAGUGUUGGAUUUUCAGUAGCUCGGUCUCGAUCACCCAUAAUUCAGCUUCUAUCAAUUUCAAAGUUUUUUGUUUGUUGUUGUCAUAGUAAUAUCGUUUUAUUUAAAACUACAUUUUCACAAAUUUUAAUCCAUAGGCAGUUACUGGUGAAAAUUUUACAGCGAUCAGACAAGGAAAAAUCCAUUUUUAAGGCGAUUGAAAAAUAUGGCCUCUGAAAAACUGUAUCGAAACACCUUAAAGUUAAAUCUAUUAAAAUGUUCACUGAAAGGUUGUGCGAUAAACGAAUCGGAAAUGUCUUGAAUUUCCGAAUAGAAGUAAGCCUGGGCGAAUAACCUAUGCAUUAAGUAAAAUUAAACUCCUUUAAACUUUAAAUCUUACCUUACUAGCGUAUUCAUAAUAAUGCAGUCUACCAUAGUUGGUCGACAGUCGACAGUCCGGUCGAUGAUCAGAACGCAAGACUAGAUGAAAAGAUACAUACCAGCUCCCCGGGCCCGGAUUUCAGGUUUUCGUGUAAUGCUUCUUUUUUGUUAUGUUUUCAGGAGAUGGAAAAACCACACCUUCCUUGAGCGGCAGCCUGUCUGCUUUGCAGUAUGCCGGUUUGGUGGCAGGAGUCGCUGUCUUCCUUUUGGUUGUCUUUCUAAUGGUGUUCUGGCUUCGAAGAAAAGCACAGAAAAAUAACCAACAAGCGCUUUACUCAAGACCGAGAAGGUAAUUUGUUAGACCGUGACAUUAACCUUAAUUACAAUUUUUCUCCCAUUUAUUGCAUCAAAAAUUUGACUCAACUCUGCAGUCGUCUUUUGCCUCUGACGACGUUCGCACCCUCAAACAGCCGAAUGUGCGCAACAACGCUUUGAUAUAUUUUUUUGUGGUUCAAUUUUAUCCUUGGUUCAGUUUUUAUUUCCCUUUGCUUUAAACUCAUUAUAAUACAUUACCACACCUCAAAACCAACAUAUACAGUAAACACCCGCUAAUAAGAACCAACAUUUUUUGAAGUCUGGCAAAAUAGGUUCUUUUAUUUUGGGGUGUGUAGUGUUUAGACAUUUCGUUACUGUUAUAUAGAGUUAUCGGUGCGCAGAGAAUCAUGGUACUGUAACAUGGCGUGCUCGCUGGUGUAGGUCAAAGAAACCGGUUGAGUUUAUCUGCACUUAUCUGGGUAUUAACAGGCCAUCAUUACAAUUGGCGACGAGGAUGGUUUUGCAAGUGUUCAAAGAUUAAAUUCGUGACAUAAUUUUUAUCGAGAAGGAAAUCAUGCCAGCGACUGGAAAACCCGAAGAACAAGAAAGCAACCCAAGCGCACCAUCGUCCACCAACUCAGGCGGGGCGAGUGCAAAACAGAUCCUGGACUUCCUUGGCCUUCCUUGCUUUGACCACAAGGGAGAGCCGAAUUCGUUGUCCAUUCGAUGGAAAAGAUGGAAACGUGCUUUUAACCUGUAUGUGGCCUCGAAAGGAGUAACCAAUGAAGGGCAGAAAGUAACGUUGCUGUUACAUUCAGGAAGUAUUGAGUUACAAGAAUUUAUUACACUCUGGUGUCUGAAGAUCAAGAUACUUUAUUUAACGAUUGCGUUGCAGUCCUGGAUAACUAUUUUACACCGAAAGUUAAUGUUCCAUUUGAGCGACAUGUUUUCCGCCAAAUUCAAAAGAUGGAGGGGGGAACUAUCGAUCAAUUUGUGUGCCGUCUGCGCCAGAAGGCUAUAUCCUGUGAAUUUCCAAUCGUGAAUGAAGCCAUCCUAGAUCAGAUCAUCGAAAAAUGUAGAGUUCCAAAACUUCGUCGAAAAUUUCUCGAGAAAUCAAGUGAAGCAACCUUGACUAUGCUGCAAGAAACUGCAAGAGUCCAUGAAGCUAUCAACACUCAAAUGCAUUCUAUGGAAAGAUCUGAGCAGGUGAACAAACUGUCUCCAAAUGAUCGGCAAGCAAAGGAAAAGGGAACAAAAGGAAAGAAAACUGGAAAAGAAAGGAAAUGCUACCGGUGGGGUGGAACUGGUCAUCGAGAGCUGUCCAGCAUUAGACAAGACUUGUAAUAAAUGUGGUAAAAGCGGUCAGUUUGCGGCUUGCUUCAAGAAAAAGUCAACCCAGUGGAAGACAUCGUUCAGAAGGAGCUAAUAAAGUCUCAGAAGAGAAAGAAGGAGACGACAACUAUGCGUUUGUGUUGGAUGCGAAGAGUAUUAAUGGGAGGAGUAGUAAUAGCUCGAGUGGUGUUGUUGUGUUGGAGGUGUGCAGUUAAAGAAUGUCCUUAUUGACUCGGGGGCAACAUGUAACAUUGUGGAUCGUGCUACGUGGGAGAGUCUUAAAUAGAAAGGAGUGAAGUGCAAAUCCCGAAAGUGUGAAAAGAAGCUGUUUGCUUAUGGCCCAACCAAACCAAUCGAGGUUGUUGGAACAUUUGAAAGUGAAAUUCAUUGUGAAGAGUCUGGAGAAAAGUGUGUGGAUGAGUUUGCUGUUGUUGAAGGUCGUGAUAAAGCUCUGCUGGGAAAGGAUACAGCUAAGAAGAUGAAUGUGUUGAGAGUUGGACCUCCGAACUCACCACAAGGAUACUCAAUUACAAGUGAAGGAACUUCUGUGGACAUUGCUAAGAACUUUGCUGAUGUUUUUUUCUGGAGUGGGUAAAUUGAAAAAUUUUCAGCUUAAGUUGCAUGUGAACAAAGAUGUUAAGCCUGUUGCACAGCCUGUCAGAAGGUUACUCUUUGGUUUAAGAGACAAAGUUGACAGGAAACUAGAUGAAUCGCUUAAAGAAGACAUCAUCGAGGAAGUGCCUAGUGGUCCAACAGAGUGGGUCUCACCUUUGGUGGUAGUACUAAAACCUGACGGAGACAUACGCGUCUGUGUGGAUAUGAGAAGAGCCAACGAGGCAAUCGUAAAGGAAAGGCACCCCAUUCCCACUAUUAAAGAGGUUCUACAUCACUUAAAUGGGUCAACAUUGUUCAGUGAAUUAGAUUUGAAGUGGGGCUUCCACCAGGUGGAACUUGAAACUGAAUCGCGUCGUAUUACAAUCUUCAUUACACAUCGAGGUCUUUUUCAAUACAAGAGUUUAAUGUUCGGAAUUACCUCAGCUCCUGAGAAAUAUCAGGAAAUUGUCAAAGAUGUGUUGAUUGGCUGUAAAGGAGUUGCAAUUAUUGCUGACGACCUGAUCAUCCAUGUAUGUGGAAUCAAGGAGCAUGAUGAGAAUCUGCUAGCUGUCCUGCGCCGUCGCAGAGAACGUGGAUUGACUCUAAAUGAGAAGAAGUGUCAGUUCAGACUUCCAAAAUUAACAUUCUUUGGACAUGACUUGAGCAGUAAAGGGAUCGCCCCUAGUGAAGAGAAGGUGCCUGCAGUUCAAAAUGCCAAGCCUCUACAGAGUACCGCAGAGGUCAGAUCUUUCUUAGGCCUUGUACAGUACUGUGCCAAGUUCUUGACAGAUUUUUUUCAAGUUGCUGAACCGCUUAGAACGCUGACGAGAAAAGACCAACAGUUUAUGUGAGAAGAUGCUCAGCAGAAAUCCUUCCAGAAACUGAAAGAUAUGCUAACCCGAGCAGAAACACUUGCUUACUUCAAGAAUGAAUGCAGGACACGUAUUGUUGCUGAUGCUGGUCCCACAGGCAUAGGAGCUGUCCUCACUCAGCUACACGAUGGCCUAUGGAAAGUAAUUUCCUAUGCAUCAAGAAAUCUUACUGAUGUGGAAAGGAGAUAUUCCCAGACAGAAAAAGAAGGCCUUGCCUUAGUAUGGGCCUGUGAGAGAUUCAAGCUGUACGUUUUUGGUCGAUAGUUCGAGUUGGAGACUGAUCAUAAGCCUUUGCAGUGCAUUUAAAACAAGUCUUCAAAGCCAUCUCCCAUCUGUAGGUCCUUCGCCUACAGGAUUACAACUUGAAAGUGAUCUAUCGCCCUGGUAAGACAAACAUCGAAGACGCUCUCUCGAGAUUAAAUUCUGUGAAUCAGAAAGAUUGCAGAGGUGAGAAAGCCGACUUCGUUAGAGUACUUGCACAAGAAAGUACACCAGUAGCUAUGACUGCAAAGGAAGUAGAAAGAGAAUCAGAGAACGAUCCUGAACUGUGUAGUGUUAAACACUACAUACAAAGUGGUUAUUGGUCACAGUGUAAAAUGCCUCAUUACUUGAGUGUGAAGAAUGAACUUUUUGUGCUAGGAAAAUUAGUGAUGCGUGGAACAAGGAUUGUUAUUCCCCAAAGCCUUAGAAGUGAAGUACUGCGCUUAGCACAUGGAGGCCAUCAAGGCAUUGUGAAGAUGAAAAAUCGGUUGCGAACCAAAGUUUGGUGGCCCAAAAUAGACCAUGUUGCUGCACAAGUCUGCAAGAGUUGCCAUGGAUGUCAAGUAGUAGGAAAAUUUUGUGCACCUAAACCUAUGCAGCGGGUAGAACCACCCUCUGGGCCAUGGCAAGAUGUAGCAAUUGAUGUCCUUGGUCCUCUUCCUUCUGGAGAGAACUUGCUUGUAGUAGUUGACUACUACAGACGUUUCUUUGAAGUAGUUAUCAUGCAUUCAACUACUUCCCGGAAGAUGAUAGAAGCAUUAACGCCAAUCUUUACACGGUAUGGAUACCCAUUCAGCCUAAAGUCUGACAAUGCACCGCAGUUUGUGCCAGAGGAAUUUGAAAACUUCCUGGCUACACAUGGCAUCCUUCACCGGAAGUCUCCACCCCUUUGGCCUCAGGCUAAUGGCGAAGUGAGCGCCAGAACAGAACUUUGCUAAAAUCACUCAAGGUAGCUGUAGCAGAAGGGAAGAAAUGGAAAGAUGAAUUGGAUAAAUUCUUGCUGGCCUAUAGAACCACCCCUCACAGUAGCACAGGGGCAACCCUAGCAUUUCUUAUGUUUGGAAAAGAAUUGAAGACAAAGCUCCCAGAACUGCGUCCAAACAAAAGUGUUCUGGAUGAGAGCACAUGAGAUCGUGACUGGAAUCAAAAGCUUGCAGGCAAAAUGUAUGGUGACAAACAACGGCAUGCUGUGGACAACCCAAUUACACCUGGAGACAAGGUUCUUCUCAAGAACACCAAGCAAUCUGGAAAGUUAGCUGCUAAUUUUGAGCCCAAUCCUUACACUGUUCAGACAAAGGAAAGGCAAGAACUAACCUUGAAAUCGACCGACGGUACAGUGCAGCGGAGAAACAUUUCAUUUGUUAAGCCAUACAGAACCCCACAGGAGCCGGACAACUCUACGGGAGCUAAAACCCCAGAGGAUUGUGUGGUCCCACCCUCAGUUGCUGACACGGCAACCACGACUGAGCUAAAGAGUAGACCGUCUGGAACUGUACGGAUGCCAACUAAGUUUAAGGACUUUGUGUUGGAUAGGUGAACAAUUUUGAAAGACAGUGCACUCUUAAGAUUGUUUAUGUUCAGGGUAGGUGAACAGUUUGUGAAAGACAAUACUCCACUUAGACAUAAAUUUUGUCUGAGGUCAUAAGUUUGUUUCUUUUCAGAAAGGAAGGGAAUGUAGGGUUUAGACAUUUCGUUACUGUUAUAUAGAGUUAUCGGUGCACAAAGAAUCAUGGUACUGUAACAUGGUGUGCUCGCUGGUGUAGAUUAAAGAAACCUGUUGAAUCUGGGUAUUAACAGACCAUCAUUACAGGGUACGUGUGGCAAUUUGGGCUAAGUAGGUUCUUAAUUUCUAUUAAGGAAAUCAUAGAUUGUUGAUUACCAGAAAAAUAUAUAACAUUUUUAUUUACUCACCGUUGUAAAUAGAUGUUACUGUUAAACCGUAAAAAUGCAAGCAAUGGAAAUUGUAAUUUAUGAUCAACUGAUACCAACUCCAAGAAAAGUAUUUAAAUAAUGAUAGUUAAGAUAAUUCCUCGUCACAACACUGUAUUGAUUCUCCAAGCUGUAAAUAUAAUGACCUGUAAGAAGUUGUUAGCCACCCGUGUUGUAAUCAGACUCGUGAGGUUGUGUUUUAGGUAUCGCAAUUACCGCAUUGUUAAUUCAUAAGAACACUUAGCCAAUCACAUUCGGAGAAGAAGCUUCACACCUCUCCGAAAUCGACAACGAGUCAGGAUUUCCAAACUGUAAUUUUAGUACUUUUCUAUCUGUUAUUAUGAAAAGUUUGUAUAUGAGUAAAUACCUUGUAGUUUUUGUAUUGUUCCCCUAGUUUUGUGUUUGGCUGGUUGACUUAAAGCUUAAUAGUGAAAACUGUGGCAGAAAAACCAUUUUCACAAAGCAAUUAUCUCGAAGGUUUCGUGCUAUUAUCAUGAGUCUCAUUUAAUCAAUCAGAUUAGAGUUACGUCAGCAUUAGUUUACACUAAGCAGCUGGUUUUCUGGCUGAUUUAAAAGUGGGUGUAGCAUCAAUUUACCAGAGAGAAUUGUAAAAACUAGAAGCUACAAAGUCAAUAAAUGUUCUGAAUCAAAACAAGUUUGUUGUAAUGUUGUAUUUGUGAAAAGGCUACAGCUAUUGCCCGCCAAAACGUCUUUUCAUAUUAUAACCUUGGCAACUGAUUAUUACCGAAUUUAUAUGCAGUUUAAUACAGUAUGUUCUUGUUGACAUACUUAAAUUUACAACUCAAAGUUACACUCUUUUGUUAAAUUGUUUAUCAUAAUUUAUCUGUAACCCGCAUAAAAGAACCUGCUUGAUCUUGCUAAACAGGUUCUUGUAUUUUGGGGUAUUAUAGUGUUAAAUUUCUGCCAGGAUGUUCUUAAUCCACAGGUUCUUGUUAGCGGGCGUUUACUGUAUUUCAAAAGGAAAAUAACAGAAACUGUGAAAGUAACAAGUAUAUACGGUGACUAUUCAGUAACUAAUAGUAGGACAUUUUUUGAAUGUCACUUGUCUAUUCAACGGUAAUAGCUUAAGCGUGACUUUCUUCAAUAACAAGGCUUUCGGGUGCAGCAUCUUGUAAGUCCGAUUCGGUAAUUCAGUCAGGGACAAUUUUCGUGUGAUUUGCUUAAGGCUUGAUGUACUACCUGAUCUCAGUGUACAUGUACUCUAACAAUGAUAUCAACGGAAAUUAUGGAGGAACUUAACAGAGCAAGAGUGCUUAUUAGAAUGAGGGUGUUUACACAGUAGGGGAGUGCUUGCUAGAAUAGGGGCGCUUAUUAACAGACUAGGACACAUUUGAUGUGGGGCGUUGAUUAGAGAGGCGGCGAUAUUUGAAACGAGAGCGCUAAAUCGAAUCAUUUCGGUAAAUAUACAAAUGCUAUGGCCGUUUAAUUUCACGCUUAGUUCUGUUCAGUUUUAACCUUUAACGAGUACGUACUUUAACGUAGGUCAAAGUCAACCAUUAUUCCCCUCCUGCGAUGGGAAGUAUUACCUGAGCAAGUAGAAUUUAAGGAGGAGAUUGGCUGCGGUGCAUUUGGAAAAGUGUUCAGAGGCAUUUACAGAGAGUCACCAGGAAUCGGGGUGUUUUACAAAUGUAGGACGCAGACGGUUGACUUCAAAGAAGGUCGGACUGUAGCCAUUAAAGUCUUAGAAGGUGAGUUCAAUUUCACCUCUUGACAUCUAAAUGAUGGAUUUUCGAUGUUCCUGAAAUCAAACGCUGGCGGUAACCAUGCAAUAUCUUCGCGCUGCUAUAGAAACAAAGCAAAAAUAACCAACCAAAAACAUAAAAAAACAGUAGUGCUAUUACUUUCAGUGCCAAAACCUAACGAAACAAUAUACGGGCUUUGGAUUUAGGUCAUAAUCAUGUUGUUAUUUCAGAUGUUAAAGCCUUUUGCGGAUUUAAAAAACAAAAACAUAAUAAAAAACAGAACAAACGUCUACAUCCACGUGCAACUGAGUGACAAUCUGAUUUCGAGAGAUUCCUGGAAAAAUUGCGGGAAAAAAUGUUGAGUUCGUAGUACUUUAGCCUUAAUUUAAUUAAAAGAUGGUGUCAUUUUCUUUGUUAUGAUUUUUUCCCGGAAAAAAUGAAAGGCCAGACAUGCAGAAUGAUUGUUCCUUACAUGCUUGUUUUGUCUUCAUCGGCAGUCAAAGAUUCCUUUAUAAAGAAAUCAGAUUCUUAUAUAGCAAAUAUGUAAUAGAAUAGAAAUUGUACCUUUUUCAUCAUUAGACAAAACAGAUGAAGACGCCAAAGAACAGCUUCUGCAAGAAAUUGAGAUCAUGAAGUCAAUUGGGUAUCACAAGAAUGUUGUGAGCAUGUUAGGUUGCUGGGUUAACAAUGACCCAAUCUUUCUGCUGCUAGAGUAUGUCCCGUAUGGAGAUCUGCGACAUUGGCUGAUAAACAAGAGAAAAAAGGUGAGUAAGCUAGGCCAACGUAAGUCGAGAAUUAAUUAUCAUUAUUAUUCAUUCAAAAUAUUUCCCUGAUUCUGCUUGGCAAAAAGCACACGCAUUAUCCACCAUAACCAGCUACUGAUGACCAAAUUUAAAGGAAUUUUGCCUUUAAUGAACCGAUGACGUCAAAAGUGCAGCUUUCUUUCAGGUUAAUGCACCGUUAACCGAGAAGACCUGAGGAAGAGGUUCAGUUGUUUUGAUUGUGAAAACAAAAAUGGCGGACAUUUCACUCGUUUCAAGAGUAAGAACUAGGCAAAAUAAUAGCUAAAAACAUGGCAAGCACAUCAAGAAGACAACUCGAAGGGCAACGUGUGCUAUUUGGAGAAUAUUUGUGAAGCUGAACAACCCUAAACGUGCACUAUAUAUCGAAGAUGAACUUAAAAUCGAUGGAGGUAAGCAUGUUUUAGCUAUGGUUUUAAAGGGACUGGUUCACGGUGAUGCGUAUGUGUGAGUUCUGACAGUAGCUGAUUGUUUUUCAACCAAUCGGAAGCGAGUUAGAUGCACGCAAGUAAAUUUACAAAAUUCAAAUUAAUUGUUCGCGACGCGAGAGUAUUUCCGGGCAUUUGGUUUGAUUUGAUUUAUCCCCACAAUUCAAGUUUAUUCUUUGCUACUCCUCAGUUAUAUGUUGCAGCCGAUAAGAAUAAGAUUUACAGCCCUGUCCUGCUUUGAAACAAACAUUUACCAACGUGUAUUUUUACGAGGUCGUACCCACGCUAACAAAGCAGUCACCGAUCGGCAAACAAAAUUUGUAAUCAAACAUCUUAUUACGGUACUCGCAGUUCGCCUUAUUUAAACCCUGAAAUACCUACAAAUACCGCCUGACCGGUGACAAAAACACACAACGUAUGAGUAUAAAGAUUAUCCUUAACUGAGCAUAAAUUUCAAAUGCUUAUCAGCAAAUGAACAAAUUCAUUCGCGUUACAUCGGGUCAGUGUUCCGCAAAACAAAUGUUAUCGAGUGGCACACAUAAAGAAACUAUAUUAUAAACAGAAUAUUCAGGCAAUAAUUUAUUUUAAAAAGAUCAAUUCUUAAACAUAUACGAUCGUAAAGCAAAGAUGCAAGGAACAUUUCAAGUGUACCAGAUCGGUGAAGAUCACGCGGCCUGUUGCGGUAUAACUACAGGUCGGAGUCAAAAAUCAAAUCAAAGUUGAACGAACUCAUGCCUUUAACCACUUUCCAAGUGUCGUGUAUUCUUUUCGUAAGCCACACACUACUCCUAGAACCAUACCAGAUCGAUAGGCUAAGCUUCUCUAUCUCCUAAGACUCUUGAGAACGUCCUGUUGCCGGACGGCCACGAUGCUCUUCUGAACCUCCAUGAUCAAAACAUUAUUUUUUGCGUUCUUAAAACGUAACCAGUCAAACGACACAACCACACGUUAAUCACCACAACCGAAGUAUAACUAGACCAGCCAAAGCGACGGAUGUCCGAAUAAAACGAAGGAUUUUCAGUGAUUGUACCGGUAAUGGCGAUUUCGAAUUUAGUGUUGACCCAACAAAUUUAUUCUGAAGAGCCAAACGGCGCGCAUGCGCAUUAUCGUGAACCAGUCCCUUUAAACAAGGAAUCAUUUUGAAUGAAUAAUAAAACAAUUAUUGAAUUCGGCUUUCGUAUCAUAUGAAGAAUUAUGGCGAUCGAGGAAGGUGUUAUCCGCCUUGGCCUACAGCUUCUACGGAUAACACCCUCCUCGAUCUCCAUAAUUAACAAUUAAUGAAUUCAGGCUGAGUAUCUUUUGAAGAAUUAUGCAGAUCGAGGAGGGUGUUAUCCGUCGAGCCCUUAAGCCGAGGCGGAUAACACCCUCCGAGAUCUCCAUAAUUCUAGAUAUGAUUCGAAAGCCGAAUUCAAUAAUUUUUUCAUUAUUCAUUCAAAAUAAUUCCUAGUUUAAAAACAAGCUAAAACAUGCUUACCUCCAUCGAUCCAUCGAUGCUAAGUCCAUUUUCGAUAGUGCACGAUUAGGGUUGUUCAACUUCGCAAAAUAUUCUCCAAAUAGUAGAUGUCGCCCUUUGAGUUGUCUUCUUGCUGUUCUUGCCAUGUUUGUAGCUAAUAUUUCGCCUAGUUCUUACUCUUGAAACGAGGGAAAUGUCCGUCAUUUUUGUUUUCACAACCAAAACAACUCAACCUCGUCCCCAGAUUUUCUCGAUUAACAGUGCAUUAACCUGCAAGAAAGCUGCACUUUUGACGUCAUCGGUUCAUUAAACACAAAAUUCUUCCAAAUUUGGUCAUCAGUAGCUGGUUAUGGUGAAUUAUGCGAUUGCUUUUAGCCAAUCAGAAUCGGGGAAAUAUUUUGAAAGAAUAAUAAUUCAUCAUAUGAUACCGAGCCUCAUUCAUUAAUUGUUAAAUAUGUUCUGCUGGAACGUAUUCAAAACGUAGAGCUGUAUAUAAAAUUUUUAGAACUUUGGACAGUCCAGUCUUGUGCGAUGUCUCCCAGUCCCCCUACUGAUAAAUAUGACGGACGGGAUUUUAUGAAUCAGAAUACCAUGACAGUUAGAGAAAUAUUGCAAUCUUCAUCGUACGGGUUAUGUAGGGCAGUCACUUUGAAAUCACGGUAAAAUCACGGUAAAAAUACCGUAAGAGCUUAUUUACUUUUUUUAAUAUUCUUCCAAUUCUUUCAACAGAAAAAUUAUCAGAGGUUCUAUGAUGACGAUUGCGGUAAACGCCCUGCACCGGAUUGUAUGACAAACCAGCCUUGCAUAACAGAUGAGUCCAAACUGCCUAAAAGCAACACUACAACAGACACUGAGAGUGAUAUAAAGCAGGGUUCUCAAGAACUAGUAAGCUGUAAUGACUCCUCCAGGCUGGAUAAGGCGAUGGAAACGGCUAUCCAAAAUGUCCAUUUUUAUCAAAAUGUUUUGUUAGAAAAUGACGAUGAUAAAGGAAAGGGUUCAGCGGAUCAUCAUGUCAAAUCUGUUGGACAAAGCUCAGUUUGUGUCACUGGAAGUAGUUCCGAGGAAGACAGCUCACAUCGGUCAGAAUUCUCGGCUAAAGAUGUUCUUUGUUUUGCCUGGCAGAUAGCACAAGGGAUGGUAAGCUAAUAUUUUAAGCUCAAGCAUCCUAAAUCCGCUCAUAGACUGAAGUUAAAUUAUCAUAGUGCGUUUUUAUAUGGAAAGAGAAAAGUGUAUGUGGAAUUUGUUUUAAAUUUAGAAGGAUGACUUUUUAUUUUGUUGCUGUUAUUUAAUAAAAUGAAGUGACCAUAAUGCAGGAAUAGCACAAAACCAAGCAAAAUACAAGCACUUAAAAAAUGAUCUUUCCUACAUCUUGGGAAGGGGUGGAGAGCAAAUACGAUAUGUAAAACAGCUUGUGAAGUGGAUUGUGAAGUGACUUGACUCUUGAGUUGGCCAUCGCGGCGUCGUUUAAGCCCCUAAUUGAGCAAAUUUAUUUAGCAAGAAAUAAGAUAAAUAAGACUUUUAAUAUCUUAAUUAUGAUCUAGUCAAACAAAAUCUUACUCUGUUAACCUGAUUUUGGUUUAUUGGGGGAGGAGGAGAGAAGCUAGGAAGGUUAAAACACUUUUGCACCUCUAUCCAACACACAGAAUUCCUCGUGUAAUACAGGAAUAACUCCGAUAGGCCAAGUGCAAUAAAUACUGCUGAAGAGAUAAAAGAAAUACAUUUUCCCCUUCUGUAAAGACCUUUUCGAUUCAAGUUUGUUUGAUGACUGUCGCAUUCACUAUGGUACGGGGGCAUAAUAAAGUCAAGUAAAAUUAUUUUUGCAAAAUUGCUUGGGGAAAAAUACAAGGAAAUGAGGUUUUAACCAUUUGACCAUUCACUUUUAAUCUUCACAACAUAAGAUCUCGGCACGCGCAAAAGGAUCACAUUACUGCAAAAUAAAUAGGUAUUUCUGUGUUCAGUGAGGUGCAAUUCAGCCAAAUUUCCCAGUGUGAUGAAAAUUACGUGUGGCCUACUGUGCUAGUUGACGCGAAGGUUUAAUUUAAUGCUAACGUCAUGGGGAUUUGAUAUAAGAAUACUAAUAUUUGUUAUCUUCUCUUUUCAAUCGCAGAGUUUCUUGUCAAGUGAAGGAUUUGUCCAUCGUGAUUUAGCAGCUCGAAAUAUACUUCUUGGUGAGGAUAGAAAGGUGAAAAUAUCUGACUUUGGUUUGAUGCGACAAGUUGAUCAGGAGGUUUACACAGUGAAGAAAGGGAAAAAAAUACCAUACAAGUGGAUGGCACCCGAGGCGAUCUUUGAAAGUGAAUAUACAACCCAAAGCGACGUGUAAGUGUUAUGGAGUACAGCUGGGUGUAGAGUCGUGAUUUGCGACUAAUGGGUAGCUAUGUCAUUGGUAGGAAUAUGAUGACGUGGAAAACAAGAAAUUAGCUGAAUGACGUUGCCAUAUUCCCACCAAUGACAAGGCUCCAACCUUCCCUAUAGAAACCAAACACAACACACGAUCCCCAGAUUCGGGCUGACGAAGGGGUAACACUCUAAACAUCAGCUUCUCUAUCUCCUUACGGUGGCCAAUCUAGCUACCAGUGAUCAACUCAGUUGAUAAAACCAAAUCUAGAUCAUAAAAAUCUGCUCACAGCGGAAUUAAGACGACUAAAGAUUAGUCUUAAAGAUAUUAACGAUUCCUCUACUACUCCUACAUUUAGCUUAAUAAAUUUUCACUUUGCCAUGUUCCCACCCAUGGCAAAGCUCCAACCUCCCAUAUAACAGCCAAACACAACCCACAAUUCCCAGAUUCGCUCUGACAGAGGGCUACCGCUAAAAACGUCAGCUUCUCUAUCUCCAUACAGUGGCCAAUCUACCAGUUAUCAAAGACAUUUAUUGUCCUACUUUUUGAAGAAUUAAGUAAAUUUUUGUCAGUGAAAAUAAUGUUUACAUACCUGGCACUUGCAACGUCAGGACGUUAAUACCAGGCUUUUCUGAAGACCUGGACGAAGCCGACAUCAUGUUCGUAAGACAGAAAUUAUCGAUAUGGAACCAAGCAGACUGUGAAUGGACGUCGUCGCUUUUCUAGAGACGAGGCUCUCAGAUUCAGGAUCUGUCAUGGAAAGAAAUUUCCUCUUUUUCUGGCAAAGAAAAUCACCAGAUGAGACCAGGGAACAUGGCGUUGGUUUUUACGGUCAGGAAUACCUGCUGGGAUCCAUCGCCUCAUCUGCAGAUGGAAGCGAAAGAAUUUUCUCGCUACAACUCCACUCAUCAGUGGUUCUGGUAUCUCUGAUCACUGCCUAUGCCCCGAUUCUGUCAUUGCCAGGAGAAGCGAAGGAUACAUUAUACCACGAACUGGCAAUCAACAUCAAGGGAAUCACUGAGAAAGAGCUACUAACUGUUCAUUCUCGAUGACUUCAACGCCAGAGUUAUAAUAACAAUAAUAAUGAUCGUUUAUUCAACCUUUUUACAGCAUACUGACUGAAUUACAAGACGGGUCAUUAAUUACAUACAAAUACCUCGGAAUUAUGACACGUAAAUAUAACUGUUAAUGUUAAGACAUAUCACAUUUCGCUGUUUUAAACGUGAUUCUGGUAUUUGAUGGUGCAAAAAUUUCCAAAUCUGUUAGUUCUUGAGGAGGCAGACACGGAAACAGAUUCUCCUGUUCUAAGGGCAUACGGUCUUGUGUGCGCAACUCGCGGCACUAAGCUUCGUAGCAGGUCGGAAGAAGAGUAACUUCGCUUGAGAAAUGUUAUGCACGCAUCCCCCCUCCUCUGGCGCAGCAAAAUUAAGCCUGAUUUCUUAAGCGCGUCCUCGUAGCACAGAGAAGGAAAAAUAAUUUUUAGCGCCCUCUUUUGUAUUGAUUCAAUUUGAUCACCUUAGGAUAGCGUGAGGCCAGCCCAAGCGGCACUCGCAUACUCUAAAACAGACCUGAUGAUACUACAAUAGACAAGAAUAAGCUGCCUAUCAGCUAGUCCGCAUUUCUUAAGGGCGCGUAUUGCAUAUAACCGCUUACUCCCCUUCUUUACGAUAUGAGUGACAUGCUCGUUCCAUGUUAAGUUAUCGGAAAAGUGAACCCCUAACAGCUUGGCAUUGGGAAGAUGAGCGAAAACAGCCAAGGCCUUCUAGAGCUAUGCCUUCAUCACAGACUCUGUUUCAGGAAUGCGUUCUUCAAUAACAAGCCCCAACACAGUCUCCUGGAGAAACCCAAGAUCUAAGCACCGGCACCAGUUUGACCUGCUUCUCACCAGACACCAGCUAUCGGAGUGCUGAAUGCGAUACGAAUCCGUCCUUGGUGUGUAGCAGAGCAAAAUUGCCAUCAAAGUAACUGUAUCACACAAAAAAGUAGAGGAGGCCUCGCUUUGACAUGAGCAAAUCCCGUGAACAAGGUAAAGUCGAAGAAUUUGCAUGUGCGCUUGAGGAAUCUUUUCCAGGUGCGCACAAUGGUAACGCAUGUGAUUGAUGGGAAAACUUCAACAAUGCUACCUUCUCCAUUUUCAGUAGGAAGACCAAUAAGACUGCUGACUGGUUUGACUCCCACACCGAGGAGAUGACACUAGCCAGUGAGGGAAAAAAGGAGAGCCCUGGCAGCAUACAAAGCCUGUCCCACUAAACAAAACCUGCAGGCCGUCCGAGCCGCUCGCAGCAAACACCGCACGAAAAAUUUGAUUUGAACCAAAUUUACUCUUUACAAGUUUGGUGCAAAAAAAGUGCACACAACGGUUAAAUCAAGGGCAAAGAUAGUAAAUGCUGCAUUUGCCCUCGAAUUUACAACCCCAUGUAAACUGCCAUGCAAAUGCGUUAUUUAACUUCUUUGCCUUUCAUUUCCCACUAGUUUUCACUUUUUUGCACCACAUUUGCCCCGGGGUAAAUUUUUGUAGAUCCAAUUUUUCCUGCAGUGAAAGUUCAGCAGACCGCCAGGAGGUGUGCAAACGACUACUGGCUUAAACUUUGCCAUCAGAAACGGUCAGCAGCUGAUACAGGCAACAUCAAGGAGAUGUAUGAUCGGUAUUAAGCAGGCCUUGGAUCCAACAAAGAAGACAGAUGCCCCUCUGAAGUCCGCCACAGGGGAGCUCAUCCCAGAUCAGGCGAAGCAGAUGGAACGCUAGGUGCAGCAAUACUCAGAGUUAUACUCCAGAGAGGUUGUGGUAACAGAAGAAGUACUGCACGCCAUCAAGUGCCUUCCUGUGUUGCGGGAGCUUGACAGUGAUCCAGCCCUUGAAGAAUUAAACAAGGAUCUUGACUUCCUUGAUUCUGGCAAAGCACCUGGAAAUGAAAGCAUCCCUGCCGAAGUCCUGAAGUGCUGCAAAGAAAACAUAAUUAAUCUGUGAGCUACAUACUGAAUGCUUUGUCCCUGAAUUACCACAAGACACGAGGGAUGCAAACAUCGUCACCCUAUAGAAAGACAGCACAUCUGCAUCUCUCUCCUUAGCGGAAGCUUUUCCCCCAAAUGCAUUGAAGAGGCUCCAGGUUUUGGUGGAGAGAUUCUACACAGAAUCGCAAUGUGGCUUCCAAGCCAACAGGUCAACCAUUGAUGUGGUGUUCUCCAUCCGACAGCUGCAGGAGAACGGCAGGGAACAACGGUAACCACUCUUCGUAGCAUUCAUAGACCUCACGAAGGCUUUUUACCUGGUAAGCAGAGACGGCCUAUUUAAAAUUCUGCCCAAGAUCGGAUGUCCACCCAGGCUCCUCAGCACCAUUAGAUCUUUCUGCAAGGACUUGAAGGGCACUGUGCUCUUUGACGGUUCAAAAUCACACCAAUAUUCGAAGUACAUGAAGUGAAGAAGGAAUGCGUCCUCACCACGACCUUAUUUGGGAUUUUCUUCGCUUUCCUACUGAAACAAGCCUUUGGAGAUGCAACAGAGGGAAUCUACCUCCAGACCAGGUCAGACUGAAAGUUCUGCAACCUUUCCAGAGUAAUAGCAAAGUCUAAAGUCAAAAUGAAAUAUCUGCGGGAUCUCCUAUUUGCCGACGAUGCAGCCAUCACCGCCCACUCAGCCGAAGACCUUCAGAAAGUCAUGAGCCGUUUCAGGAACGCAUAUCAAGAUUUUGAGCUGAAAAUCAGCCUGAAGAAAGCGUAGGUCAUGGCUCAGGUUGUGGACUCACCUCCAAACAUUACAAUCUUGGAGCAUAAACUGGAGUUUUUACAUGACUUCGUUUACCGGUACUUUGGCUCGACAAUCUCUGAUACUCUAACUCUGGAAUCCGAACUAAACAGGCGCAUCGGCAAGGCUGCUACUACCAUUUCCAGCCUGACCAAGAGAGUAUGGUCCAACAAGAAGCUGACACAAAAUACCAAAAUCCAGGUGUACAGAGCCUAUGUUUUGAGCGCCCUGCUGUACGGCAGCGAGUCCUUGACCACAUCUGCUCACUGUGCGGGAAUGACUGUCAUUUCCGAAUUGGUCUUUUCAGCCACACAAGGCGCUGUUCGAGAACAACCAAUCAGAGCGCGACAUAACAGACUUUCGAGAUUGUAGGAUGCCAAUGAAAUGAAAAGAAAUUGACAAUUUUAUUGAAGCGCGAAUGUUUAAAACUAAGAACACUGAGAAAACCAAAUGCAAACAAAACACCAUACUCUAGAAAAAUAGAAUUCUGCACGGCUAAACAGGUGUCUGGUUGUUUAAGUGUUAAAUAGUCGUCAAAGGCUAAUUUUCGUCGAUGCUGAACAAGUCUCUGGACACAAACAGUCGUUUCUUACGAAUGGCGCCGCAAUUAGCACCCUAGCAUGUUUCGUUCUCAGUGGUUAAUGAAGAUAUACGCUGUACAACACUACAUAAAAAUCUUAUAAAAACUACACACAAAACUUCUGUUAAAUAUUCAUAAAAAUAAAACGUCCACAUCAAUAUUAUAUAGAUAUAAUGGUUAAUUAGUAGUAUCUCCUUUUUUUGAUUUCUGACUCAUGAUUUUUUAUAAUUUAUAAUUUGCUUAUAUAUUUAUUUUGAAAACUACAUGAAACAUUUAAUCUUUAGCGCAGUAAAAUGUUUAUUUGCAGGUGGUCGUUUGGAGUUCUCCUUUGGGAGCUUUGCACAAUGGGUAAGAUUAUGACGGAAUUUUUUUUGUAAACAAAACGUCUCAUGAAAGUCUGCUAGGAGGAUUCGGGUCUUGACACUUUGAGAAUCUGUUUUGUGAGUUUUCUUCCCUUGACGUGUCUUGUCUAGGUAUUCACAUGAGGCCACAAUUGCCUCUUUUGAUACUAAGAGUGGAUUUUGAGCUAAGGCUUUAAGAAGCCAGAGUAAAAUAUCGUAUUGUACUGACUUGUUAUUAAGGAGUGUAACUUUACCAAACAGAAUAUAGCUUUGUGUCUAGUCAGAAGCAUACUUCUGGAAUAAUGUAAGUACAUUUACAAAACUAAAUCACUUUAUACUUACAAUUCUUUAACAAUUCAGGCGGAAACCCCUAUCCCGGAAUAAACGACAAAGAUCUGUACGGGCUAAUCAAGGCAGGAUAUCGAAUGGAUAAGCCAGAUACUUGUACUGACGAACUGUAAGUAAGAGUUUAAAUGGUAAAUACGAUCAGUGAUUGCGGUUAUAGUUUAGCCAAUGUAAGCGGCGAAAACGUAACUUGAGCCUUCAGAGAAGCAUGAAAAGAUAUGGGACUCUUUGAGAAAUUUAAGUUUUGUAUAGAAUGCGCACGGGUUACGUGUUUUUAUUAUUUGCUAAUAGGAUAUUUACGGAACAAGAAACAACGAAUAUCAUUGAAGACAACACCAUCACCAUCAACAACAAAAACAACAUGUUUAUUUACCUCAUACAAUGUACUUUUUCUUUUCCUUUUCUCUUUUCUUUGCCCUUUACAAUUCCACCCAGAAUAUGGAUGAAUUCUUAAGAAUGAAGCUGGAUGUAUCGAAGGCUUUACAAAGUAACUAUCACAUCUCCCAUAAUGCAACUUGUUUUUUCCAAAAAAACUUUGCAAAGCCAUUUUUUAAAUUUGUCAUAAAAAGGGGAAGGGAAGAUGAAUGUAUUAGCUAUAAAGGAACAAGUUUUGUAUUAUAUUAAUGCUGAUAAAUAAGAUGAAAACGUAUUUGAGAUGGGAAGCGUAUCAUACUGUACGCAUGCACUCAUCAUCACUCAUUCCAAUAAAAAAAAAUAUAAAGUAAAGGUUCCAAGAAGGAGUCUAUCCAAUUUGACCCUCUUGGCAGGUACCACACGGUUCCUUAUAAUAAUUGUCUUAGAUUUCAGCUGGUGUUGGACUGUUGGAAGGAAGAUCCUCGUAAACGGCCAACCUUUGAUCAGGCCACAAAGAUACUGGAGAAGAUGAUGAUGGUGGGAAAUACAUAUCUAAAUCUUGAUUUGGUAGAUGAGUCAAAGGCGUAUUACAAGGAGCACGUUGGUGAAGAGAAAACCACUGAUGCAGACACAGAGGAUAGGGUCGUUGAAAAUGCAACUCCGUCUCAACCGCUCUUAUCAGAAAACUAAAACUUGUUCUGAAAAAGGCCAUAAAACUAGACGUAAAUAAAUUAAGCUUAGUAGAUAUCACGCACAGCUUUUUAAUAAGCCAUUUAAGGCAUUCAAGAAAGAAACUAAUGUUUACGCUAAGUUUGGAACUUUCAGAUGGAGGCAGCGUGGACGGGUAGUCGGAAGAGGGUCUGAAGGGGUUUAAGUUAAGCCGUGAAACACUAAGCAUUUGACACUGAACUAUAUCCUGUAUCCUGUAUCCUGUAUAUCCUGUCAUAUUGUUCAUUCGCUCUUUUGCUACAAUUAGCGAGAAAAUUUUCUACUGUUUUAAAUCACUUACGGUUUCUAAAAGGUGAUCCAUUCCUAAAAUGCUGGCAAUAUACCAAAAGGUAAGAAAUAAACGUAGAGAUAUUAAAGAAAUGUGGCGCGUCUAAUCGUCGACCACCGAAAAAACUAAAAUGUUACUCUCAGUCAUCGUAAAAGAAAUAUUUCUCACCAUUAGCCGUCGAUACCAAACCACCUUAUCUUCCCCACCCCUCUGAACACCCGCUGGAGUUGUUCAACAGCAGUUCCAAUAGGAGUAAGUAGCAUCCCCCACCACGCUUGCAAAUAUAGUAGACAACUGGCCUGCCUUCUUCACCACCGCGGUCAAACGUCUAAAUCGUUAUUUUUGUUUUUUAUUGCUGGGAUUUCAUUUACCAGUUAGAGAAAAAUGGGCAAAGAUGUAUAAAUCAGUUAGUCAACAUAACUAUCUUUCCAUUUUUCUCAAAAUUUUGAGCUUUUUUCGCUGAAAACGCUUCGCGCUAAUAGAGAAUCAUGUUUGAAAAUGGCGCCGAUAAUAACGUCAGCAUCGGUUUUCAAUCACUUAGAACUUUUUUAGUAAACUUUUAAAAAGUUUAGUAAACUAACAGGAUGUUGGUAAUACCCUAAACUUUCGAUAGUGAAAGUAGCAACCUUAACUUUGAAGUAUUUGGCUUAACUUUUGCAAAUUUCACUCGUUUGACAGCUGUGAAGCCUUCUGCCAGUUGGGAUUUAAACCUUGCUUUUAAUUAAUGAUUUUAAAUGCGGCAUAACAGCACUUAAUUGCUUGCUCCAACAUAGUAUUUGAGUUAUUAGUACGUGUUCCAAAUACAAAGGUAUGGGUUCUACUUUCGAUAUUUGGUGUGGGCACAAGAUACGUAGAAAAAGUUAGGAGAAUGGCCAUCUUCUUGGCUAUGGAAUUAUACAAGGAUUAAGCCCAUUCAUUUAAUGUUAAUAUACUUUCUGUAGCUAAUAUCAAGUGACAAUCCUUAAUCUGUUGUGUUCUAUGUUAAGAACGUGCUACAGACUGCUCAUAGCUUGCAUAUCCGCUGAGCGUACGAGAAAAAAAAAAUUAAAAAAUAACUAAAGGUUCUCAUGAUGUUAAAGGCUGGAUAGCGGAUAUCACUCAAAACAUCCAAGGCAUCAUUUGCUCGACUCUCCAAC